UACUUCUGGAUAUUUCGUAAAAAUAUACGCUAACUUUGUUGCACGGACAAACGACAUUGCUCACAUGGGUUUGGCUAAAAUAAGUUAUAACGCAAUAUUUUAUAUAGAAAAUUUUUAUAUGUAUAAAACUCAUUGAUGCUGGGUGAAAUUCUAUGUCUGUUAUAUCAUAGACACAUAACUAUUGUAUUCUCUAAAAUUUUAGAUAUUUAUUUGAGAGGUUUUCUGUUUGAGAGAAUGUAAUAUACGACUUUCCUUUUUUACUUUGAACGCAGCAGUCUUAGUAGUUGAAAAAGGGAAAAUUUAACAACAACAACCUAAACCGAACAGAACAAUGACCUCCUGUGUUCUGUCUUUUUCGUGUCAUAAAGAUUUCUAAAUGAAUUUAUAUAUAAAAUAUGAUCUACUUUUCCUCGCGUUUCAAAAAGUCGAUCCUGGCCUCGGUGCUCGACUGAUCGGGGCUGACUGAGGAGUUUGUAGAAGACGAUUGUCAUGAAGACGAAGAGGAGCGGGUUUGUUCAAACCUUCAACAAAAUAAGUUGAUUGUUUGAUCACAUUUCCUUGAUGGCGUCAGUUCUGCUGUGCUUAUGUGACGAUCGGGAGAACAACAGUUUCUCUGAAGUCUUCAAACUAUCACUGACAGGAACUCUCCAUCAAACGCCCACAUUUUAAACGUCACCUGAAGGAUUCAUAUCGCUGUCAAAACUCGCGGCACAAUCUGAACCACAUCCUGAACCAGUCAUGUGGUACAGCUGAGUGACGAGCCUUUGGACGCCAUCAUCUUCAGCUCCUCCCCUAAAUGAAGCAAGCCUUGAUACAUGCAUUGAGGAAACGCCCCUUCCGCUGCUCAGAGGAUCCCGCCCUGGAGAGGCACUUUAAGGGCCACAAAAACGCCGUCACCUGUGUCCACUUCAAUCCCAACAACAAACAACUGGCAUCAGGAUCAGCAGAUAAAACCGUGAUGAUCUGGAAUCUGGCUCCUAAGGGGAGGGCUCUUCGUUUUUUUGGCCACCAGGAUGCCGUCACAGGGGUGCAGUUCUCUCCAUCCGGCAAGCGGGUGGCUUCUUCCUCCAAAGACAGGACCGUCCGAUUGUGGACUCCUUCCAUGAAGGGGGAGUGUGCGGUGUUCCGAGCCCACACAGCUGCUGUGCGCAGUGUGGCUUUCUCUGCUGACGGCCUCAGACUGGUGACGGCGUCUGAUGACAAGUCGGUGAAGGUGUGGAGUGUGGACCGGCAGAGCUUCAUCUACUCCCUCAACCAGCACACCAACUGGGUUCGCUGUGCCAGAUUCUCCCCAGAUGGAAGGCUCAUAGUUUCCUGUGGAGACGACCGAACUGUCCGUCUUUGGGACACGUCCACUAAACACUGUCUGAACUGUUUCUCCGACUGCUGCGGAUCCUCAACAUUUGUCGAUUUUAACUCUAACGGCACCUGCAUCGGAUCUUCAGGAGCCGACAGCUCCCUCAAUAUCUGGGAUAUUCGGACCAACAAGCUCAUUCAACAUUAUAAAGUCCACAGUGAAGGAAUCAACAGCUUUUCUUUUCACCCAUCAAACAACUUCCUAAUCACUGGCUCCAGCGAUCACACUGUGAAGGUCCUGGAUCUGCUGGAGGGACGCCUCAUCUAUACCCUCCAUGGACACAAGGGUGCUGUGACUUCGGUAGCCUUUUCUCAGGCUGGAGAUCUCUUUGCAUCUGGAGGAGGUGACCGUCAGAUCCUUCUAUGGAGGACGAACUUUGACAGUAACUCUUAUCAGGACGUCCUGCAGAAACACGGUCGGCGAGCCACCCCAGAUCCGCCUCCCCACCUGUCAGACAUCUAUCCCAGGAGCCCCCACCUGCACCACCCUCAGGAUUCUGCUGUCCAGAUCCAUCCAGCAGUGGCCGACACACGCUCCGCUGACCCACAGGUUGUAGAGCUGGGUCAGCCCACUCACAACAACACGGUUCCACUUCAUCAUUUUGCUUCGGAGAGAAUUCUGACAAACCAGAAUUUUCUAGCAGUGGAUAUGAAGUUUGUUCACAAGUUUACUGAGCCAAGCAAACAACUCCAUCAAGACACAAUGAUGUUUCCCAGACUGCAAACGGGAAGUGUGCACCAGGUCCUCAAGAGGCGUCCAGGGUGCGUCCACUUAUCUCUUGAACUGCACUCUUCUUCUCCUUCCACAGAUUGCAGGGUUUCGGUAAUGAACAGUCUUACACGCUGGAAGCCUCCACACACCUCCUCAAGCACUUAUCAGUCAAGUGAUUUCCAGGCUCGUCAUGUCGACACUUCCAGAGUGGAGACACAAAAAGGCGACAAAAGUGGAAGUUGGGUCAGUUCAGCUGCUGGGAACCAGACGGGGGCUUUCAGUACAGGAAAAGGAAGGAGGGAGGAAGAGGAGACAGUUCUGACACACCCUCUGGAAGUUUUCUCCAGUCAUGCAUCGAGUCUGGACUCUACCUUGCAGCACAUUGUUCGACAGUUGGAUAUUCUCACACAGACCGUUUCUGUACUGGAGGAGCGUCUCACCCUGACUGAGGACAGGAUGAAGGAGUGUCUCCUCCAUCAGUCUCAGAUCCUCCAGAAUCUGCGAGCCUCCAGAGAACAACAGAGGAGUGAAAGCGAUACACCACCCGACCCUUUCACUUAAGGACGACCACGCCUGCGUAAAGUUCAUGUCAAAAGUGAAGCACAGUUGGGUGAACAGUCAAGCCAUGUAGUUUGUGUGUCAGUCUAGAUGAGGUCAUGGGUGGUCUUUAGCCAGGGUCAGUGGGUUAACCAGGAUGUCUGCUCUGCUUAGUGUUAUUGUGCGCCUGCGUGUGUGCAUAUUUAUUACCAACAUGUUUUUAGUCUUAUCUCUGGUCAUCACUAAAUUACAUCCAGCUGUACAGACAGGUAGCUGUUGUUUUUUUGUGUAUCUGCUUCCUUACUAUUAACAAUGUCUCUUUCAGUCUUUUAAAGCGCCUUUCUUUAUUAGCCACACCAAGCUGCACAAAUUGCCUGAAAUGCACUACAUUAUACUUUAUGUUAAUAAACGAUGCACAAAUUCAGAGGAUAUAGUCUGUAUUUCUAAGAUUUAAAAUGACCUUUUUAGUGACAUCAGGUAAUUGUUUAUUCACAAUCUAUGAUCUGAAAGAGUUGAAGCACUUUAUGAAUUUGAGAACAAUAAGAUGGGAGCUUCUGAAGCUGAGCUCAGGUAUUAAAACAGCUAGACUGUG